AUGACGUCCUUCGUUGCUCUCAACAUCGAGCCAGAUGACUACAGCGAAGAGGAAAUUGAUGACACGAAGGAAAUCCAAAUCGAAGAAGCUCUAAAGCUUUAUCAUAAUGCCUUGAAGCUUCAUUCUCAAGGGCCCCAAUUCUAUGACCAAGCUUCUGAGGCAUAUGAAACGUUAUUUAAAUCCGAAAUAUUCAACUAUCCGGAAUCGACCUCGGAGUAUAAGAGGAGUCAACUUGAAGGGCCCGAGACUCAACAUGAAAUCUUUCUUGUGGAAGCGGCAGCGGAAUCUGCUGCUCCUUUAGAUGCUAGCGACACAGUUUCCAGUGCUUUGCCCCAGACACUCUACCUCUCGCAUAGAAACCGAGGCCAGUUUACGUUAGAUUAUCUGAGGCAUUUACUACGCUCGAAGAAAGCUGAUGAGAGCAAUAAAUCCUUUAUUGACGUAUCUGCCGCUUCUGGUUCAGCAAUCAGAUCAUUCGCCGAAGCCCUGGAGAGGGACGAUACCGACUUGGAGCUAUGGAGGAAAAGCGCCAGGAUUGGAGAUGCACUCCAAAGUAAUCGCCUCACCAGAUUUUGCUUAGAAAGUGUGUUGGAAGGCGGCGAUGACGGGUUUGACGAUGGAUUCGAACAGUUAGGUCUAGAACAAGCUUUUGCAGGUGAAGAUCUCCGCAAAGUACUCGAUGUCCUAAGCGACAAGCUGUCUAUGUUGCAACGGCCACUCAAACGACCAAGAAGAGCUAUUCGUCGUCUUCUACAGAAGCAAAUCGAUCCUUUCCCGUAUCUUCCAAGAGGGUCUAGUGUUUCAACUACAUCUCUGAACUUGCUUGGAAUUCCACCUAGCCGUCACGUCCUCACACCUACAAGCGCAAGCUGGACUGCGGUAGGUGGAGCUCUCCUGCGGGCUUUGCUAGAUGAACAAACGGGCGAUAUUAGCUUUACUCCAGGGGCAGCUAUAGGAAUCUCUGUUCAGGAGUGUCAUGAUUCGAUUGAAAUUUCUCCGUCCUCUCGUCCUCUUAUUCAACAAAACUCCGUACAUGACAAACGUGGGGAUGGAGCCAACCCAAAUUUGGAUAUUGAACUUCCUGAUGCGGAGCCUCAGCAUGUCCUUCACUUACCAGCAGAAGGUUCUAAUAAAGCCCAUUCCUCGAUCGCCUCUAAUGACGAUAAUAGAGAACCAAGUCCUCAUCCUGAACAGGCUUCGGAGAUUCACCCUGAAAGCUCUCAGGGAAAAUCUGAUGAGAAACCAGAGCAAAACCCACCGCAGAUAACGCUGGAUGCAUUCGAGCAGACAACAGCUGUAUCACAGUCUCGAAAAAGAUCUUCUGCAUCUGCCGGAAACGAUGAACAACCGGAUGGUGGAAGAAUGAAAAGCCGUCGCAUUCGAGCUCGCGAAUCCAAUGCCGAAGUCCAUGCCCCAUCGGGGCCCGCACCUUUCGAUGCAGCUAAAUAUUUUGAGGAACACCUAGAACAGUAUGUACAUGCCGACCAGUGGAUGUUUGGAGUUGUGGGAGCUUUGCUGUCCAAGGCUGGCGUCGAAGAUCUGGGAACGAUCGAUGAAAUGCAAGAGAUUUUGUGCUUCGACGGCAAUCAGGAGCCUCCGGAAAACAACACCCAAAACUAUAUUGCCCAGCGCACUCUUUAUAAUGAUCUUCGAAAAGUAGUCGAGAAGUGGGACGAUGAAAAAGCUCAAGUUGCUUUACAGAGUGAUAUUUAUUCCGCAGAUUCGACCGACAGCAUAAAUGGAACGAAAAGAUCGGGAAUGAGUGUAUUUCUCGAUCAUUCUCGACAAAGUCAUCCCAAUCCCGAUAAGGAGAUUACUCUCGUAGAGGACGAUGGGCUGUCGGUUUUUUUGGAGCAUAUCAACGGUGGAUGGAUUUGCCCUAGUGAGGCCGCAUUUCUGUGGUUGGAACAGCACUUGAAGCCUAAUCCCGGCCAUGAAUUGCGAUCUGACGACGAGAACCAGUACAUGGGAAGUUCUACCUAUACGAACCGGCUUUGGACAAGGCAUAUGAAGGAGACAGCCAUGCAAAUCCUCAUAAAUAACGACGAAUUCAUUUAUACCAAGUUUAACGACUUUGCAAUGGCCUGGGAGCAAGCCAUACUGAACUCCACAAGCAACGUUUCGUCUCCGCACCUUUUGGCUUGUGCGGAGAUAACGCAAAGCAUUUACGAACUACAUCUUGAUAUAUACGCCUCAAUUAGCGGACCUGGCAGUGAUCCUUGCGAUCACUUAAAAGUAUUAGAAGAACGAGAUCGUCUCAAUAGAUGGAGCACUCUUGCACGCGCUUUUAUGAACUAUCAGAACGAUGUAUGUGUAGGGAAAACCCUUCAAAUUACCAUUCAACUUCGUCACUUAUGGGCCUCUGUUUUCCACUUUAACCUGAUGGAGGAAGUUCCCCGAGACUAUGUCUUCCUUUGUCUCAAGGACUUGAGACGUGUAUUGGUCGCCCUUGGAAACCCAUCGAUACCUCUGCUAAACAAUUCAACAAUGCCUGAAAUAUCUGUUUCCGCGAUAGAUGAAGAGAUUUCAAGGCUCAACUCCAUGGACUUUUUUACGAAUAUUUUCAAUUCCGAUUCCGAUGAUCCUGUUCAUCUUAUUGAAAGCAUUGAACCUAUUCUGGACCCAUCAUCUGUGGAAUUUGUUCAUGCUUCGCCAUCCGGGAAUGAGUUUAAAAGGCCAAUGGAGAGCACAGAGUCAUCUGCAAAUUCUUCAUUAAUGUCCGCUAUCCAGGGCAUGAUUUCGUUUUUAGAUCGGGGCGAUGCAACUUUACGGCUUUUCCUCUGGAGGAAGCUUAGAAACGCAUAUGAAUCUAUUCAAUAUUUCCCCAAAGUCAUAUCUUGCUACCUUCGGAGUAUUGAAAUAGUUGCUGGAGAGCUUCAAAAUCCCUCAUACCUGAAAGUGUCGAGUGGACUCCGGCAAUUUUCACUGUUGAAGUGGAUUAAAACUCUUGACGAUUUACUAAGUAAGGUGGUUGGGAAGGUCACAGACGAGCCCGAAAAAUCGUUCGAGUGUUUUGAUGUGGCGCAUUUACAGUCUUCUAUGUCUGCUGUAGUUCGGAUUUCCAAACUGCUCCAUUCUUUUGCCCUAUUCGAAGACUCAGUUCGCGUUGGUCAAGUUACCAUUCCGGAUAUACGGCCAGCAUCAACAGCCAAGACUUUGGAGCAGUUCAAAGAGAAACUUCGAGGAAUGCAAGUUAAAGCAUGGGUUUUGCUCUAUGCAUUGCUCGGAGAAUUCAUGGAACAAAAUAAGGAACUAUUUGACACCCCUAAUGACGACCGUAUUCAUUACCUACGUUCUGUCCAUAACGCUCUCGGAAUUCGAUGUUAUUGCAAAUGUUCCCACAAGCUGCUUCUGAAACUUAUGAAGAAAGAGUUGUUGACUCUCCCAACAGAAGAUAGCUAUGAAUUUGACGUCUCACAGGUUCUAUUUGACCUGUACGGUCUAAAGUUCUUGAACCUUGACGACAUUGCGAAUCAUGGGUGCCCCAUUGAAAGACUGGAUCGCGCCUCAGCUGUUAUGAUGAUCGAUUUUGUUAUGACGCAAGUCAAUAGAAUGAAUGUCAAAGAUGUGCACAAGUCAGAAUUGAGGCCGACUAUAGACACCAUGCAAAUGGCUAUUGGCAGGGCCACCAAGUUCUCCACGCCUCUGACUUUCAACAAGCGUGUUUUAUCAGCUUUCCUGAAAUCAUCGAUCAACCCAUCCGACAUGUUUCGUGCAGUUCAAGGAAUCGGGGAGGUAUCAAUGGUCCCUGUUUAUACAGAUAGCCUUGAACUUGCGGAUAAAGGUUGGUACUAUCUCCUCGGCUAUAUAUCCCUGUCAAAAUUUCGGGCCCAGAAAAGAAUAACUGCAAUCCCAACCGACGAUCUGGAUGUUGCAGCGUCUUUUUUCAGGCAAGAGCUGGAACAUGGCACAGGCAAAUGGGAAACAUGGUACCGCCUAGCUCAAGUGUACGACCUGAAGCUAGAGGAGGAUAUCGCAUGGUCUGCCGACAAGUUGAACAACAAUCGAUCAGACCUAGCAAUUUUACAGCGGAGGGCGAUACACUGUUUCACCAUGGCAAUUGCGGCUGCUGUACGAACAGCCGACUCGUCACCUGAAACGAAAAGAAAGAUAUCUGACCUCUAUACCGAAUUUGGAUUUCGGAUAUAUGCAUCAGCGACAGAGCCUCUGUCCAUGGAAGCUUUUAGUUUGUCUGAAUUUACGAGGCAUUACAGCAGCGGCGAAAACCAACAAAUGUACAAGGCAAAGCCAUUCCCAGAAAUGAACAAGUAUUCAGCAUGGAACUUUGCAAGCUACCUUUUUCGACGAGCGAUGGAUGAGCGGCCUAAUUAUUGGAAGAACUAUUACAUGUUCAGCAAAUGUCUCUGGAAAAUGCUCUGCUGCGAUGCUGCCACACGGGGACAACACUCCCCCGUGGAAGUUGACGAAGUACUAGAUUCAUUAGUUGAUGCAAUCGAAGCAUUGCCAUCGAGAAGGGACAGUCGAUCAGAUCCAGUCCUUGAACCUCAUUACAAGCUCGUAUCUAUUUCCCACAAGCUCGUUCAUAGAGGACUCUUGAAGCCUGAGAGUGCAAGGGACCGACUUCUUGCGACGCCCUAUGCGCGGAAAGUCAGCCUGAAUAACGCUGAAUGGAAGCCCUACAUCCUGGAGGUAUUAAGAAACCUUCGGAACGCGGACAAGUCGAACUGGCAUCAUCGUAUUGUCUUGCGGGCCGCGCAUAUAAUCUAUGAUGAUUCAAAGGACGAUGCAUCUGCCUUGGCAGCUAAAUCUGAGGUUUCGCAGCAGAUAUUCACUAAAACCAUGACACUUCAAGUUUGGAGACCGGAAAACGAGCGUGCAGGAAGACACUUUGUUUAUACAACUCGAUAUGUGUACUUUUUCGUCGGCCUUUUAAAUCAGCUGAAUGAUCGAGCAAGCUUGGAUAUGCUCAUUCGGCGCGUACGAAGGAAACCAAACGACUAUGUCAACCAUUCUAAGCUAUGGGAAGAUAUGUGCUUAACUUAUAUCAAACUUUUCCGCCGCGUCGGCGAGAUUCCAGAAGGGCAUGAAGACACUGUUUUCAAACCCGUCAGCCACGACGAGUUCGCCAUAUACUGCACGCGCCUGGAAGACUGGUGCCAGCACCAUUCCACGGAGACCCAUCUGGUAGAUUUUCUCAAAGAUGCCGUUGAGCUGAAAAAAUUGAACAACGGCCUCAUGAAACCUGCUAUAUUCGAAGACCUUGUCGCCGAUACCUACGCUGUUCUCUACCAGAGUAAUGUACCCAAAUUCAUCGAGCAAGUAACUGAAGAAGAGAGCCGCGAACGGAUGAAGGUAGACCAUCUCCUUGUGGCCAGCGAUGGUCCAGAUGGUACUCAAACACCACCGGUUUCCUCCACUCACGCUCAGCCCGGUCCCAAACCGCGGUUCAAGGGAGUAUCGCGUAAAGAGCUCCAACGUAAAGCCGAAGCAAUCGCCACAAGAGCCCUGGCGCCGAAACCAGCACCGAAGCCCCCCGUGCGUCAAGCGGAUGAGGAGACCUCUACUUCCAAGCCACAAGGAACUAUCGAAGUCGCAAUACCGUUGCUACCCAGCAAAGAGGAAGCCUCGGGCAUCCAAAGCAGUGUUCCGGGCAGCGUUCAUGACAGCGCCGAUAAUGAGAGCGAACUUAGCGAAAUCGACGAGGAGAAGAUAUUAGAAGAACACGAUGAAGCAGCGGCUACGGGAACUGCCCCCGCCCAAGCUUCAUUUUCGAAUGCAUUGAUCAAGAGGGUUAUGUCUCCAAAGCCUGGGUCGGACGACCCAUCGACGAAUGUCAGCGUUGCUGAUGGCGCAGAGGUCGAGUCGGGUCCUGCUGCUUCGGCACAGGAUGCGAAAUCGGAACUUGAACCUACGGAGGUAGAGCCUUUAGACGUGGACAUGGAGGGGGAUGCUUAA